CUGGCGGCGGGUCCUCAGCUCCCAGCCGAGGUGCGGCGAGCCGGUGGGGGGACCGCGAGGCGAGCGCGGGAGCCUGGGCGGCGAUCGCGGUGUGAGCUACCCGAAAAUGCACUCGGAUGCCGCCGCUGUCAACUUUCAGCUGAACUCUCAUCUCUCAACACUGGCAAAUAUUCAUAAGAUCUACCAUACCCUUAAUAAGCUAAAUCUAACAGAAGACGUUGGCCAAGACGAUCACCAAACAGGAAGUCUGCGGUCUUGCAGUUCUUCGGACUGCUUUAGUAAAGUGAUGCCGCCGAGGAAAAAGAGAAGACCUGCUUCUGGAGAUGAUUUAUCUGCCAAGAAAAGUAGACACGAUAGCAUGUAUAGAAAAUAUGAUACAACUAGAAUAAAGACUGAAGAAGAAGCCUUUUCAAGUAAGAGGUGCUUAGAAUGGUUCUAUGAAUAUGCAGGUACUGAUGAUGUUGUAGGUCCCGAAGGCAUGGAGAAAUUUUGUGAAGACAUUGGUGUCGAACCAGAAAAUGUAGUUAUGCUCGUUCUAGCUUGGAAAUUGGAUGCACAAAACAUGGGUUAUUUUACUCUACAGGAAUGGUUAAAAGGAAUGACGUCUCUACAAUGUGAUACAACAGAAAAACUCAGAAAUACUUUGGAUUACUUAAGAUCAUUAUUAAAUGAUUCUACAAACUUUAAACUUAUUUACAGAUAUGCGUUUGACUUUGCACGGGAAAAGGACCAGCGCAGCCUAGACAUAAACACUGCCAAGUGCAUGUUGGGACUGUUAUUAGGAAAAAUCUGGCCCCUUUUUCCAGUUUUUCACCAGUUCUUAGAGCAAUCAAAAUAUAAAGUUAUUAACAAAGACCAGUGGUGCAAUGUGCUAGAGUUUAGCAGAACAAUUAACCUUGACCUCAGCAACUACGAUGAAGAUGGAGCAUGGCCAGUUUUGUUGGACGAGUUUGUGGAAUGGUAUAAAGACAAACAGAUGUCCUAGGACUUUAUGCAUAGCAGCGAGAGAGUCACUGUUACCACAGUUAUGUCAACCAUUAGCCAUAAAUUGCUGUUUGUAUCCAAGCGCAUGCUGCUUUUCUUGCACUGUCUCCCUUUGGCAGGGACGUGUUGGUGUUUGCUAUUGAAUGGGCCAGCUCUGCUUGCUGUGUAGCAUUGUUCUCUUGGAAGGCUGCUUUGCAGUUUGUAUUUACACUACAGAUUGGUGAAUUUGCCAACGUCCUCACUGUGAUUAUGUGUAUAUUGCUGUUUAAAUUUUGUAUAUGUGUAUAAAAAGAAGAAGCUUCACCUAGAGAUUAUUUCUGCAAAAAUGUAUUGUAAAAUAAUUUUUGUGGCAUAUUUCUAGUCCCUUUUUUCAGAUGAACCAAUUAUACAUUUAUUUGGUCUCAAAUGUAGCAUUUCAGAAAACGAGACAGAACAACUGUUACCAUAUGCAAAUGUUGCCAGAAUUAACCUUAUUGUUUAAGAGGCCAACUUUGGAAGGAGGUGGGAGUCAUAACUUUUCAGAGGCAUAUGCCAAAUAUAAUUUGGUUUACUUAAAUAUUAGCAUUUUUAAAUGAUGGAAGUUAGAAUAAUUGAACAUACAGACACAUACUAUGCCACAAAUCAUUUCCACCAUGCAGGGUAUAGGUUUUGAUUUUCUAAUGUGAAAGCUAGCAUGGUUUGACUAUAGGUACAGAUGAACAAAUUAAAAUUGCAUCUUUUUUUUUUUUUCCAUUGGUUUUAAACUUUUGUAAACUUUUUUAGUGGUUUUUUUUUUUUUUUUUCCUUUUGCAUUCUUCUAGUCAGCGUUUGGUCUGCUGAUGCUUUCUAUGCCAUUCUAAGUAAAAUUUAUU